UUUCCCCGUUUCCCUUUCCCAUGUGUUUGCGGAAACUUACCUAGAGACGGACACAAUUCCAAGACUUCACAGGAGAAGGAAGAGUUGGGAAUACAAGUUUGAGCUAACAGGCACGCACCGCAAAAUUUGCUUUUAAAAGCCAUUGUGUAAAGUAUUGGCAAAGGACCUUAGUUCUUUGGUGAUGCUAAUUAAAAUUUAAAUAAGGUAAAAAACCUUUUUAAAUGGUAAUCCUGUGGUUUGUAGGGGGAAAAACUCAACCUUUCCCUCUCUCUUCCCCGUCCUAUGAUUGAAGUGAAGGGGGAGGGCGUGUAAUAUUUACUCACAAGGAAUCUCCCCUUUUGCCGUUAUCCCACUGUUUUGUGUUUUUCACACACACACACACACACACACACACAGAGUUUCUUUAGUUGGUGAUAUUGGCAAUGGCAGCAGAUCCAGCACCCGGGAACUAAUUUCCAUCCCCAGGGUCUGCACGUUUCUCUUUCAAGAGGGCUGGCCGGGAGCCCAGAAGGUCACGGGUCAAUUACCACAGGAGGGGCCUGCCCUGUGCCUGUAGCUCCACCACUGGCUGGUUGCCUACCUGAAAGCAGUUGGGAGAUGGCACAGGCGGGAAUCUUAGAGGACACGUGAGCUGGAAGGGAGCAGUGAGACAGCCAAUGAAGAAACUGAGGCCCAGGGUCACAGAGCCUGGAUUCCAUCAGGCUGCUGAGCUUAAGGAAAGUCUUAGGCAUUGAAACCCUGGCCUGCCACUUUAUAUCUGCACCAUAUUGACCAAGACACUUUUCUGAGCCUCAGUUUCCUUGUCUCAGAUGUGGGGAUGUUAGGCCGCGCCUCCCGCAAAGCAGCAGAAACAGCCAUGGUACUGAGAUUAACUGUGGAUUAAUCUCGCAAAGCAGUCGUUUUUAAACUCUGAUUUCAGGGGAUUUGGUCUUGCAGGGCAAAGACUUCCUUAGACAUCUGUCAUCACCUGUGAGGUAGAAUGAGUGGCGAAAAAAAAACCUUAUGUCAGAAUCAAAAUAAAAAUGCAAGCCAGCCACUUAGAGGCUCAGCAUUCAUGGAUGUGAUUUAUAGCUGCACAAUUGCACGGCGGAUCUGCCCCAGACUCCCGCACACAGAGUCCAGGGAACCCUUCUGAAUGUGUACACCAAGUCAGACUUUAUCUGGGCAUCUCUCUGGAAUGUACCAUGCCCCCGUUGCAUUUGCCAGACUAUUUGCAGAAUCAAGUCAUCUCUCCUUCUGUGGAAUUCUCAGAACCCUUUAGACCUUGGUAAGAUACCUAUUAAUUUCCACCUAGUAGUGAGUCAGGCAUGCACUGCUCUUACUUCUCUACACAUCUUUCUAAACUCCUUGAGGGCAAACCUUCCUUGCUCAUCUCUGUUCCAACACAGCAUGCCAUCCACAGCAGGACUCAGCAAACUAUGUCCCUGGGCCAGCAACAGUCAGCGAGAGGUGUGCCUUGUUUGAGAUGCAAGGGGACGUGUUCAGGCUUCGAGCCACAUCCAUGGAGGAAAAUAUGCAAGUCAUGCAAAUGCAGCCAAGAGGACCACUGCCUGAGCUCCGACCUGGAAGACGAUCGGAAAAUUGGCCGCUUGCUGAUGGACUCAAAGUACUCCACCCUCACGGCCCGGGUGAAAGGCGGGGACGGCAUCCGGAUUUACAAGAGGAAUCGGAUGAUCAUGACUAAUCCCAUUGCCACGGGGAAAGAUCCCACCUUUGACACCAUCACCUACGAGUGGGCUCCCCCUGGAGUCACCCAGAAACUGGGCCUGCAGUACAUGGAUCUCAUCCCAAAGGAGAAGCAGCCGGUGACAGGCACCGAGGGCGCCCAUUACCGCCGCCGCCAGCUCAUGCGCCAGCUCCCCAUCUACGAUCAGGACCCCUCGCGCUGCCGCGGACUUUUGGAGAAUGAGUUGAAACUGAUGGAAGAGUUUGUCAAGCAAUAUAAGAGCGAGGCCCUCGGCGUGGGAGAGGUGGCCCUUCCCGGGCAGGGCGGCCUGCCCAAGGAGGAAGGGAAGCAGCAGGAAAAACCAGAGGGCACAGAGACCGCUGCCCCCACCGCCAACGGCAGCAUCGCAGACCCAUCCAAAGAAUACGUCUGCGAGUUCUGCAAGGGAGCGGCCCCUGCCGACAGCCCCGUGGUCUACUCGGACAGGGCGGGCUACGACAAGCAGUGGCAUCCUGCCUGCUUUGUGUGCGUCAAGUGUGCCGAGCCGCUGGUGGACCUCAUCUACUUCUGGAAGGACAAUGCUCCCUGGUGUGGCCGCCAUUACUGUGAGAGCAUGCGGCCCCGCUGCUCCGGCUGUGAUGAGAUAAUAUUCUCAGCAGACUACCAGCGCGUGGAAGACCUGGCCUGGCACCGAAAGCACUUCGUCUGCGAGGGCUGCGAGCAGCAACUGAGCGGCCGGGCGUACAUCAUCACCAAGGGCCAGCUUCUGUGCCCAACUUGCAGCAAGUCCAGACGCUCCUGAAGGGCUGCCGUCCACGGCCAGAAUCCACAGGAUCCCACCAAGAAGGAAAGCCCGGUGUGCUGAGGCCAUCCUAAGGCUCUGAUGUGACAGCCAGCAAGCAACAAAAACAGAGAUUUCCCCGGGAAUAUACGUACACAUAUAUUCUAGGCUGGGUGGUGGUGAAUCCUUGAGGGUCAACAGUUUCAAAGCCAGAAAUGUUCUGAGAAGUCUUAGGAUGGAGUUAUUUUGUUUUUGUUGUUGUUGUUUCCCAGCUACCAACUAAAGACACAAUUGGCAUCCUGCAAGGCAUCUCUGGGAGGAGUUUCCCAGAAUGCAAUUGUGAGUGAUCAAAUCACAUAGCUGUAGAAUGUGCGUGCUUUUUUGUGAAUGUGGGAGCUCCUCUGAGAGCAGGAUGGGAUCCCAGCGAUCGUCUGUUGCCUCUUUCCAAAUGGAAUUUGAAUUUUAAAUAAAAACUUUUUUGGCAUGAUAAACAUCAAUAAAGGUUUUACAAAGUCCACAAA